AUGAUGUCUGUCGCCCCCUUCGUUCUCCUUGCCUUCGCGUUCGCCGCUACGGCACUCGCCCAAUUUGACAUAUCAAAGAUUCCGAAGUGCGCGCAAGGGCCUAUCUUGACCAGUAUAGGCACCGGCAAAUGCGACCCCGCAAAUGUCCAGUGCAUAUGCAAUGACGCCCACUUUUUGGACACUCUCAAGGAUAUCAUCUACAAGGUGUGCAGCGGUGAUGAUGCCAAAAACGCAUACUCAUUUGGCAUGUCCAUCUGCCCCAAUCUCGUCGACUUUCCGCUGCCUGGCACUUUGGGAGUGACUACGAGUACGUCAGCUGCGGCCGCCUCAUCUUCAUCUGUUUCAACAUCGAGUUCGAUUACUACACCACCAGCUGAGACUCCUUCGAGCUCUACUGCCAUUGAGACCCAUUCGAGUUCCACUGCAGUCGAGCCAAGUAUCACUACUCCUACUACCGCGGCAGAAGAUAGUGUGACAACGUCAACUCAUACAGAGCUCCCUACUGCUGAGGCGACGCCACCUAAUUCUUCCAAUGCGACUGCAAACGGAACGUCUCCGGAGCAGUAUACUGGCGAAGCUCCUGGAUUCGGUACUUUCAGAUUGUGGGGAUUGGCUUUGGGGAUUGGCACCAUGGGCGUAAUCUUUGCUGAGCUUUGA